UUGAGCAAUCAGAACUCUGAUCAAGACAUAGAUAAAGAGAGAUCCACAGACAUGUUCAAGUACAGAAAAUUAGUGCUCCGGCUGCUCCUCCUGGCUGCUGCUGCUGCUGCUGCUGCUGCCUCGGCGGGACAGAUCCGGGAUGCUGCCGAGGAGGUGGAGGUGCCGCCUGCACAUCGUGCUGCCCCGCCGCCACCUACUGCUGCGGGACCACCGGGAGGACCACUUGUGGGUGUGCCGCCGAGCUAUCCCUUGUUCUACCAAGCUGCGUGGCUGCCAUUCGGGCGCUACAGCGCCUCCAUUCCCAUCGUGCCACCACUUGCGGCACUCACUCGUGCCACUACCCCAUGAGCCAGCCCAAAGUUCGAGCCCUGACCGCCGGACACUGCAGUGGCGCCGCCGCUUCUUGUUGAAUUUUCAUGAAUUAUUUGUUACAUUU